CGUGUGAGUGCACUGUUCCCAACUCCUCGAGACCGGUUUUUUUCGUGGACGCAGGAGGACAAACAAUGUUCUAAAUACUAGAAUUUGUGCAGCAAAUACAAAUAAUUUAAAGUGAUUUAGAUUUAAAUACUGAUGCAUUAACUGACCUGCGUCAAUAAAUUUUUUGGUGCAAAAUUUAAUAUAAUCUCUUUAAUCGUUAUCAGUGAUUCAUAAAAGUAAGAUUUCCAGUGAACUUAUUACCUCACACCAAUUAUAUUCGUCACUAUAUGUAUAAAACACAAUACGUUGAUACAUGCAUUAUAGAAGUUUUUAUUUUCUAAUGAUGUGUGAAUUUCCCAUUAAUGAGUAAUCUCAAAAGGAUAAACGACAGCUUGCAAAACUUAAGAAAAAAAGAUUUUGAGUGAUUUUGUGGUUUACAUGUUAAAAAGUUUAAGCAGUGUGUACCAAUUUCAUGCCUUCUUCUCUGUACAAUUGGCUCGUCGUAAAUGCAAGACAAGUGAUUGAAAUGCAUAUCUAGCAUAUCUACAUAAUCUCCAAUUACGACAAAUGAUAUUUUGUCUCGUUUUGGGAACCAGACAUAUUAUACGUUAAAUACCGUCUUGUUUGCGUGCACUCUGAAAUUGUUAAAAAGUGCAAGAGGGGAAUAAGACGAGAAAAAUUGAAUAUUAAAUGCAUUUCAAAUUGCGUAAAUUUUUUACUUGAACAAAAAAUUAAUUGUUUAAAAACUGCUCCAGUGUGCAACUUAAAACUCUUUCCAACUUUGUUGGUGGUUUGUAAUCUAGAAGAAUCUACAACUACAAGUUUUUAACUCGUAUUACAAGUGACUUUUGGGUGUUCGCCGUUGUCUCGAGUUCGUCUCAUCGCAUAUCAAAACCUCAAACUUUUGACUUGCUUCUGCUGUUGUUGCUCUUCUCUUCUCGUCCAUAAUGACCAUUGUUCUCACAAGUUUGCAAAUCAUCUUUCCCAAUUGAGGAUGGAGAUCGAUGUGGACAUAACAGGAUUAGUUUGAUGAUGGAUUCUGGCAUUCCCAUUACGAGUCUUUGAAUUGCAUCGCAACCCUGCACCCACCAGCCCAACUCAACGAAAGUGACGGAACCACUUGGCCACUUCUUUGUCAUCAUUACUGUCAUCCUAAUCGUCACAGAGCGAAGUACGAAGAGCUUACAAAGUCGUCAAGUGAAGUGCGGUCCGUUCUUCCUGUCUGACGAGAAGUGUGUUUGUAUGGGAAAGUAACUGUGAAGUAAAGGACCAUUUUGGAAAUAUGGGGAGAUUGAAGUCCCAUAAGUUGGAAUUGGAGGCCCAUGGGGCCAGGCUGACCAUCCCAUUGUCAUCAUCAUUAUCAUCAAGUGCAGCAGUGACAACUAAACCAACACUUUAGCUUUGCCCCACUGUUGCCAACGCUAUUGUCAUCCCUCCUCCUGUCCUCGUAGUUUUACUCUCUACUCGUCGACUAACUUGGAUGGAUGACGAAUUCCCCUAUAGACCCAUCAACGGAGUCGCACUUGGACAUUUCUCCACUUUCACGCACAUAUAUAUCUCACAACCCUGCUCUACAAGUAGAGUUUGCUCCAGUGGUACACAAUUUAUGGGUUGUUUGAUGUUGUGCAAAUGCAACAAUUAAGUACGUUAAGUGCUCCUCGAAGACAGUGUCACAGUUGUUCAUGUUGUAACAUUUAGUUUCACGUUUCAGUGAAAUCAUACAUUAAUCAUACAUUAAUGAGUGCGCUGUCAUGUCCGCCAUUCAUAUGCACAAUAAUAGUGACAGUUAAUUGUUAAGCAGAGGUUCCACGACAGUGUUAUGAAUGCAUAAGAGUCAUCUCAUCAAUAUUUUAGACUAUCAUGCAAAAUAUCAAUAUUUGACACUUAAACUUGUGCAAAAUACUAGAUGAACAGCGUGUCAACUCCAAACUUUUGAGUAAAUGUGAAACUACUGCAUAAAUGCAUUUGUAUCCCCAUCAUUAGAAUCCUACAUGUAGCAGGGGUUCCCUUAAAAUGAAGAAUAUGGCAAACCUCACAGGUGGAGGUUUAGCCACCGCUAAAUCUAAACAAAGGAACGGCUAUCGGAAAGCGAUCAAGAUUUUAGACUUGAAUUUGAAUCUUGGUCGCACAUCGUUUGCCGCGACAUGUGUCGCUCUGCUCCUGCUUCUCACCACGAGGGAUGGAGAAUGCAGCAUCGGAGACGAAAUUUUGGAAGCCGAUAAGCCAAGUUUGCCAUUUCUCUUUACAGUUCCAAUUGAACAUGUGGAAGGCGUGCUGGGGUCUCGUGGCAAGCUUCCCUGUGACGUCCGGGUGCCUACUCGAACGGAUAAACUGCAUAUGGUGUUAUGGUUUCGAGAUAAGGAUGCUGAACCCAUUUACAGAUACGACGUGCGAGAGAAAUUGUUAACGGACGCGAAGAGAUCAUCCGUCUUAGGAGAAAGACUAUAUUUUCAAACCAUGUCGGAUCCCGCCCACCUAUCCAUUCAAGAUCUCCAAGCAAAGGACGAGGGAAUUUAUCGUUGCCGGGUGGACUUUAAGAAUACUCCGACCAGAAAUCUCAAAAUCAACCUUACCAUCAUCGUUCCUCCCGAAACUCCGGUGAUAGUGAAUGACGCCAAUGGGAUCUUAGCUUCCAACAACCAGGUCGGACCCUACAAUGAAGGCAGCCCCUUACGGCUAACUUGCGAAGUUUCUGGAGGACAACCCAGACCAACUCUGAAAUGGUGGCUAAACGAAGAAAUGAUUGGGGGAGCCUGGGUGGAGCGAAAUGACGGAGUUAUUGUUAACACCUUAACUCAUCCAAAUCUUCAACGGAAAAAUUUAGGUUCUAAAUUUGUCUGUCAAGCAUCAAACACCAACCUUCAACCUCCAAAAUCUGCCAGUGUUAUUGUCAACCUAAACCUACGUCCGCUAUCCGUGUCGAUCUUACAACGACAUAGUCGACUCUCUACCCACACUCAUUACGAAAUUAUAUGCGAAUCUUCUGGGUCCCGCCCUCCUCCAAAUAUUCUUUGGUUCUUGCAAGGUCAAGAACUGAAGGGGGUUACAACAGAGCCCGAUUCUGAUGACCUUAAUAUCACACGAAGUAUUCUGAGCUUUACCCCCGCCGUGGAGGAUGACGGCAAGAUUUUGACGUGCCGCUCCGAAAACCACUGGAUACCCGGAAGUGCGAUAGAAGACCGAUGGAGACUAAACGUUCAGUAUGCACCGAAGGUUACCUUGUCACUUGGAGCGAAUAUGGUGGCCGACGAAGUUAAAGAAUUUGACGAUUGCUACUUUGAAUGUUCGGUGAAAAGCAACCCAUCGACUGUAAAGCUUGCGUGGUAUCACAAUGGUCGUGAACUUCGACACAACGCCACUCAGAGAGUUAUCAUGAGUAAUACUCGACUAGUUUUACAGAAAAUAAGUCGGCAUACUGCUGGCAAUUACCAAUGCUCUGGACAAAAUUCGGAAGGGACCACUCUCAGCAAUUCAGUUCUUCUUCGAGUAAAAUAUGUGCCAACAUGCAAACAUAACACAGAGUCACUUGUGGGAGCCAUGAAGCAGGAAACAAUACAAGUUAUAUGUGAAAUGGCUUCAGAUCCACCACAUGUCCAGUUCAGUUGGACGUUUAACAAUUCUGGGAGCGAAGUUAUCCAUGUCCCGCAGUAUCAUUAUACGUCGUCCGGAACUACUAGCACUCUCACUUACACCCCCGUCACUGAAAUGGAUUAUGGAACCAUGAUGUGCUGGGGUUCAAACUCUGUGGGAAAAGGAGUGGCUGGACCUUGCUACUUUCAGAUUGUAUCUGCUGGACGACCCUUCCCUCCCAAAAACUGUUCUAUUUUUAAUAAAACUGAAGACUCCCUAAGUAUAGCGUGCACGGAAGGAUUCAAUGGUGGCCUUCCACAACACUUCAAUCUCGAGGUCAUAGAUCUGGUUUCCAAAAAGAUCAAGCUCAACUCUUCGUAUAAGAUGCCAUUGUUUUCCGUGGACGGGAUGGAGCCUGGAGUAGUGUUUCGGUUUAUAAUAUACUCUGUCAAUGACAAGGGUAGAUCUGAGCCCUUCAUCUUAGAUGGGAUUACGUUUCGCGGAUAUUCUAAACUAACUGGUCCCACGGCAGAUGCAGCAGAGAUUAACCCCCUCUUCGCAGUUCUAGUCGGCUGUACGUUAGUCCUAGUAGUUGUACUCUCAGUGGCCAUAAUCGCUGUGUGGAAGCGAUCCAGGAGGAAGCCCCCAAUCGCAAAAGCGUACAAGAGGGAAAAUGGCAACGGGAAUGGAGAUGCCAAUUUUGAGACUGAUGAUUCCGCCCUGACCAAAAUCGAAAAUGGUCUUGACGAAAUUGGCAACCCGGAUGUCGUCCCCAACAAGAACGGAAAAGACCGUGGCAUCCGAGGUUUCAUAAGGAUUCACAAAACUCCUCCGGCCAGAAGAAGAAAAAAGUUGGAUUUGGAAGUAAAAAACAAUGGGGAAACCGUUGCGCUGACUUCUUUGGUUGAAACACCGGAUGGAGUUCAUAGGAACCAUAAUCAUAAAUCAUCUUUAUUGACGUCUUCGAAUCACUCUUCUGCUACUCCACGGGAAAGUCGAAUAUGAUCUUACCUCAAUCUGAUAUUCCACUCCCGGCCCAACGGGUAAACUAAUAUUUAUAAUAGGAUAAGUAAUUCGUGCUCGCCAAUUCUGUUCUGAGAUUCAAAGAUUUAUUUCUGUACUUAAACAACUUACUACCACGUGUGAAUAGAUGUUGUUAUGUAUGCAAAUGUACAAAUAAUGUAAAUUCGUAUGAGAAGUGUGUGAAUUUGUAUACCGUCGUAGGAGGAUUCUCCGAUCGGUCGUGAGUGUCAUGGGCAUUGGAAAAUUGCGAUUUCCAAUCAUAUAACUAAAUCAAAUCAUAUCUUACGAAAAAUUUUACUCGUGCAUUAAAAAAGGAAUCCAGGACAUUUAUUCAAACUAUAUACGAAACAGUUACCUCCUCCUCCUCACGUUCCCCAUAGAUUGACAAAAAUAUUACUUUUCCACUUUUACAAUCCAGCUCCCAGACCCAUGUCGAACUUUACGAGAUCAUCAUAAUCUUGUAUUAUCAUUAAUAUUACUAUUGUUGCGUGAUCUACCUCUCCAGUGAUUUAACUAAAUAUUACUUAGUUAUAAAUACUGUCAACCACAGUCGCUGUUUACUCAUACAAAUAUUGUUGUUCAAUAAAAGGUUCUAAAACUUAAA